GAAAUGAAAGUUGUGGUUAUGUUUACAUAUGUAUGAAUAUAUGCACACAUCACCGUUUGACAGCUCUGAGAAAUAAAAACAAAGCGAUCAGUUUGAAUUGUCAUUUCUUUAUGUGUUGUUACAUUUGUUUGCAUUGCCUUAGGUUGUUGUAAUGAUAAACAAUUCUAUAGUGUGCUACUAAUCGAAAGAAGAAAAAGAACGUAUACAUCGUAAAUAUGAUGUAUGAAUCAAUCAUCGCUGUAGAGAUAGGGGCGCGCUAAAGAAGAAUACAAACCAAAAUAUUGUGCAAAAAAUGACAAUUCGACUGAAUAACGCAUUAUAAGUUUUGUUUUUAAGUUUCAAUUCAUAUUUUUUCGGUGAAGUGCAUUAUUUUAACAACAGUUUUUUUUUAAAAAGUAAAUUGUGAGUGAAAAAAAAUCAACAAAGAGAUAAGAAAUAGUGUGAUUCAUGCAAAAUGGCAUCGAACUCUUGGACUUGGAAUUGGAGCGAUGUGUGUCCGACGGGAUUGACGCCGUGGCAAACGCAGGAUAAAUUUCUUUCACCAUGUUUCCAAGAAAUUUGUUUACAACUACCAAUGCUGUUUAUAUUUGCCAUGACUUCGGCUUUUUAUUUUGGCAAUCAAACCGUUUUAAUCCGUCGAAAUAGAACGCAACACUUUUUGAUAUCAAUACGAAUUUUAGUGUCAUUUUUGAUAAUUUUAUUGCAUUUUUACACAAUGUUUCAAAUGAUAAUAACUAGAGCACAGAUAUGGCCAGUGGAUGUUCUAUUGAUGGGUUUUCAAAUAGUUACUUGGUCCAUUCAUAUCGGCUUUUUGUUAGUGUUACGGAAUCAUGGCAAUCUGAGUCAUCGGGGGCCGUUAUUCAUUUUAGUGAUAUGGAUUGCACUAGCAUUGUUAUCGGGCAUUUGGCUACGAUCGGCUAUUUCAGCUAACAGCUGGCAGAAUGCUGCUGUUUUAGUUGUAUUACAUGCCGUCUACCUUGUGUCACUGAUUUUGAAGGGCAAAUCCACAUACAUACAAAGACGUGCACUUGAUAAUGAAGAACGUCAAAGUCUUCUUGGUACGCAUUACGUUCGAUUCUACGAUGACGUUCAGUUUCAAGCGUUGGGACAGGCACAGGAUGAGGCUCCAUGUUUAUCGAAAUUAAUAUUCCACUGGGUGAACCCGUUAAUUGAGAAGGGCAUUAGUGGUAAUUUAAGAACAAUCGAUGAUCUCUUCGAUCUACCCGAAUCAUUGUCCAUUCAAAAUACGGCUGAACGUUUGCAAAAUGGAAUCACUCUAACAGUGAGUCUGUUCCGAGCGUUGCAUCGCGUAUUUGGAUUUGAAUUCUAUGCAAUUGGUAUACUUCGAUUCUCGGCCGAUAUGUUGAGCUUCACUGGACCUCUCCUGCUAAAUAGCCUCUUGUCUCGGAAGACCAGCGAUAUAAACAGUCGAUUGACUAGCGAAACUGAUUUGAUGGCAUAUGCGUAUGCAUUUGGAUUGUUUGCGACCACUUUGGUCGGUGCAUUCUUGGGAACACACUUCAACUGGCGCAUGUCAUUGAUCAGUCUGAAAAUGCGAAUGGGAAUCACCACUGCCAUUUAUCGAAAGACUUUAAAUGCACAGUUUGUGAAUAGCAAUAGCCCAGAAGUGCUCAAUCUAAUGUCAACAGACACUGAUCGAAUCGUCAAUUCUUGCAUUAGUUUCCAUUCAUUUUGGAGCAUUCCAUUUCAGCUAUUCGCGACGCUCUAUCUAUUGUACACACAAAUUGGGAUUGCAUUCAUUGGUGGAGUCAUCUUUGCCAUCAUUCUCAUACCGAUCACCCGAUGGUUAGCUAACCGAAUUUCAUCGUUAUCACAAGCAUUUCUCGAAGCAAAAGAUGGCCGAGUUUCACAAACAUUCGAAGCUUUAUCUGGAGCAAAACAAAUUAAGAUUCUUGCAUGGGAAGACGUUUUUAUUGAGCGAAUCCAAAGCGUGAGACAGAAGGAGCUAAAAGCCUUAUCGAAGCAAAAGUAUUUGGAUGCGUUAUGCGUAUUUUUCUGGGCAAUUACACCGACAAUAAUUAAACUAUUGACUUUCGGAACGGCGGCCUUACUAGGACAAGCAUUAACAGCCGGUACGGCUUUUGCUAGUGUUGCGCUAUUGAAUAUGUUGAUCGGCCCAUUAAAUGCUUUUCCAUGGGUUUUCAAUGGUUUAGUCGAAGCUUAUGUUUCGUUAAAACGAGUUCAAACUUAUCUGGAUUUGCCUGACAUCGACUUGCACAAAUACUAUUCCAACUUGGAGCCACAAACUCCGAGUGAUGAUGAGUCUGCCCAAAAACCAAUUGUAAUUAGUAUGAAAAGUGUUGCAUUCUGCCAUAAUCAAAAUGAAAAAAGCGAUGAAAAUGAUGAGACGCAGAAUUUCUAUCUUAGCCCAAUAUCUGGCGAUAUAAAAAAGGGUGAUUUGGUUUGUGUUGAAGGUCCAGUCGGUGGUGGAAAAACUGCCUUUUUAAGUGCUAUCAAUGGUAGUAUGAAUCGAGUCAGUGGAUUCAUUCAACUGCAGAACAUUGAUGAUGGAAUGGCAUAUGUCGCACAGCAGCCAUGGCUCCAGCACGGAACGAUUCGUGAAAACAUUGUGUGGGGUGAAAUGUUCGAUGAAAGUCGAUACCGAAAAGUGAUAUGGGCAUGUGCCUUACAUAAAGACAUCGAAGAUUUAGGAGGUGAUAAUAUCGAUAUUGGAGAGAAUGGUUCCUCAUUAUCAGGUGGCCAGAAAGCGCGAGUUGCUCUUGCACGCGCAGUUUACCAAGAUAAACAAAUUUAUCUCAUUGACGAUGUACUGGCUUCGCUCGAUGCUCAUGUGAGCAAACAUAUCGUAAAAUAUUGUAUUUUGGACCUAUUGAAAGACCGUACUCGAAUUAUCGUAACGGAAAAUCGUACAUUGUUCUAUUAUUCCAAUCAAAUAUUGCACGUCGAACAGGGUGUUGUAACUACCAGUGAUUUCGCACUGGGCAGCUUUGAAAGUGGGAACUUUGAAAGCGAUUCAUCGUCAUCGUCAACGGAAGAACUGAAUACGCCAAUUAAUUUUGAAUUGAGCGGCGAAAGUAGCAUUAGCUCAGAGAAGUCCGUCUUUCAAGAAAUCAAAGAGACUGGUGCUUUAUCAUCACGCGUGCUUGCUGUGUAUUGGAAGGCAUGGGGACCAACAAUGGGCCUACUUGUUAUCGUAUCACUAUUUUUAAUGCAAGCCUCAAGAAAUUUAUCAGAUACAUGGCUCGCUCACUGGAUUCAAAGUAUAAAUAACUCAAAUGAAACAGUGACGCAACCGACCGUAUCAACUGAAACGAAUUCAUAUACUGAUACACUAAAGGAAUAUUUGACGUGUAUUUUUGGAAAUCUUUUCACUUUCCGUACCUUGGACGAGUGUAUGGAUGAUAGUGUAGAUGUAUCACCAGAACAAAUUCAUGCCUCACAGACUAGUCAUUAUCUCGCCAUUUACAUUGGAAUUGCCGUGUUCAACUCACUGAUUGCUUUAAUUCGUUCCUUUGCAUUUGCAUAUGCGGGCAUCAGAGCAGCCAAGUUCAUUCACAAUCGCCUGUUGAACUCGGUCAUAUUUACGGAAUUCUCGUUCUUUGACAUCACACCAGUCGGUCGUAUAUUGAACCGAUUCAGCUCGGACACCAAUACAAUCGAUGAUUCGUUGCCUUUUAUUCUGAAUAUAUUACUCGCACAAGUGGCUGCACUAAUUGGUGCAUUGUGCGUGAGUUUAUACGGUAUGCCAUGGUUAAUACUUUUAAUGGUCCCAAUGUGCCCCGUUUACUUUGACAUUCAGUCACGGUAUCGCAAGUCCUCACGUGAUAUCAAACGAUUGUCCAGCAAUGCCUUGAGUCCGAUUUACACCCAUUUCACAGAAACCGUUCAAGGUUUGGCAACGAUACGGGCAAUGCGAGCAGGCAGUCGGUUCCAACGUGACUUUUUAGUGAAGUUAGAAGAAAGUACUAGAGCGCAACUGACGGCAACGGCAGCUCAGCAAUGGCUUGGAAUUCGCUUGCAAAUGCUUGGAGCCUUUUUAAUCGGCGGUUCAGGAUUUAUAGCUGUUAUAACGUCUGCCGAUUCGACCACUCCCGAAUUGACAGGUCUUGUUAUCUCGUACACCUUGUCCUUUGUGACACUAUUGAGUGGUGUUCUAAAUGCUUUAACUGAAACGGAGCAGGAAUUAAUCGCCGUUGAGCGUGUCAACGGUUACAGCAAUCUUAAGCCCGAAGUCAACGCUGAUGGUAGCAGAGAUGCUCCAUUCGGUUGGCCAUGCCAGGGUGUUAUAAAAUUCGAGAAUGUUUCCUUGAAAUACAGGCCCUAUUUACAAACAUCACUGCGAAAUAUCAACUUUCAAACAUCAUCUUGUGAGCGGAUUGGCAUAGUCGGACGGACAGGGGCUGGUAAAUCGUCACUAAUGGCAGCGUUAUUGCGAAUCGCUCCACUUAGCACUGGCCGCAUAAACAUUGAUACCGUUGACAUAUCAACUAUUCCACUUCAGACUCUUCGAUCGCGCAUCGCACUUGUACCACAAGAUUCGUUCUUAUUUUCUGGAACCAUUCGCGAUAAUUUGGACCCACGAGGCCUACAUUUAGAUUCACAAGUUUGGGAUGCUCUUCAUCGCUGUUUGGCGACACCGCUAGUACAAUCGCUCGGUGGGCUCAAUGCAAAUCUGGAUAUCAAGGGCUCGAAUAUUUCAUCAGGCCAGAAACAGUUAUUAUGCCUUGCCCGUGCACUACUUCGAAAGUCAAAGAUUGUUGUAAUUGAUGAAGGAACAUCAAGCUUGGACUCCGAUUCAGAAAAUGCCAUUCAAUUAAUUCUUAGAAAUGCCUUCGAAACUUCCACAGUAUUGUUAAUAGCGCAUAGAUUAAAUGGUCUGCAGCAAACCGAUCGCGUAUUUGUCGUGGACAAUGGUCAAAUUGUCGAAGAGGGUCAACCGCAAGAGCUUGCCAGAGAUAUAGAGUCUCGAUUCCAUGCUUUGUUGGAAGAGCAACAAACUACACAACCGAAACCAAAAAUUGUUUAGAUUUUAUAUCAUAAUUAUUCGCAUGGUAAUUAUUUGCGGUGACCGAUGCCGUUUUUUGUCAAUACAUGACCGAAAAAACCAAAAAUUCCAAUCUAAUAAUGUAAUAAUUUUAAUUGAAAAUAAUUUGAAUGAUUGAUAUAUGAAACACUCAUUAAGUUAUUUGUUACGUAUAUUUUAAUUGUACAUAAUACAUAGUUGUUAAUUAAAA